AUGUGGCUCUUGGUAUUAGUGAUCUUGUUCUCUGCACUUUCGCCAAGUGUCUUGAAAAGACUUACGAUAUGUGAACAUAGUGUGGUCCAAAUCAUAGUGGCGAAAGCUGUGAUUGAGCAAGUACUGUACACAGCUUUACUAAUCCGUGCACAUUUGAAAAGUAACAGCGGUAUGUAUGAAGUUAUGGAGUUCUGGAAAGGAGGAGUCCGUGGAACACGCGGUGUCCAAACAGACUUCACUAAAUAG